UAAAUGGAGGAGUUUGAGGAAGAUCGAUUAUCAAGUCUGCCAAAAAUAAUUCUUCAUUGCAUUCUGUCAAAGUUGCCGGAGAAAGAUGCCGCUAGGACAAGCGUCUUGUCCAAGGUUUGGUUAGACACAUGGUAUACUUUUCCCAUUUUAUCUUUCUCUAAUAAAAAUAUCAUGGGAAGGUCUUCGUCAAAAUCACAACCAACGAACUAUAAACAUAUAUUUGAUGUAAGGAUGAGAAAAAGAUUUUGUGAUAAUGUGAAAAGGAGUAUCCUAAGAUUUCAUGAUCAAAGCUUGGCUAUCAAAGAAUUUAAGCUCAAGGUCGAGCUUUAUAAGCUUGUCGACAAUUUAAAGGAUGUUGAUAUUUGGUUGAAAUUGGCUUGUGAAUGUGGUGUUGAGGUAAUAAACUAUUCCUUAGAUGUAUUAGUAGGUCAGGACCAAUACCAUGUCUUGCCAAUUUGUGUCAUUGAAGCCAAAUCAAUUAAGAAGUUGGUGUUAAAGGGGUAUAUCAAGAUUGAUCCAACAUUCAUGAAUCAUUCAAUCAAGUUUACCUCAUUGAGAGUAUUGUCAUUGUGGUCUGUACUUUUGGGAGAUCGACAUACAAUUAACCACCUCAUUUCGUUUUGUCCACUGAUUGAAUCUAUAUAUUUAAGUUAUUGUUAUGUGUUAAGCUCUGAUGAUGGUACAAUGGAAAAGAAGAAGUCUUUGAGCAUCAGUGGUCUACAAAAGCUCAAGAGAGUUGAUACUUUUGGAAUACAAGAUGUUUCUAUUGAUUCCGGGAGUCUUGAGACUUUAUGUUAUCAUUGUCCUAUUAAUUUCAACACACCAUUAAAGAUUGAUUUUGAUAGGUGCGGAAAUUUGAAAGAGUUAUGGAUGUGGUCUGUGAAUGGUACUUUUUUUACAUACAAGUGGUUUCUUGAACAGCUUCCAAAAUUUCCUUUUCUUGAGAGUUUGAUGUUAAACAAUUGCAAAAUGCCAGAGAGGAUUGAUAUUUCGUGUGUUCGACUUAAAGUGUUGGAGUUAUCACAUUGCUCUAAUUUGAAGGAGAUUAAUAUUGAUGCUCCAAAUUUAUUGUCAUGUGGAUAUAAAGGUAGUGGUGCUUCAUUACCUACUAUUUGUUUUUUGAGAAAUUCUAGUCGACCAGAAGUCAAUAUACAAGUUGAUUAUGUGGAUCUUUGUAACUUGAGGGAAUUCAUGCAAAACAUCAACCCUAACAAUGUUUUGACUUCAUUAGCUCUAUCCAUCAGUAACUCGUCAAAUGUGGUUGCCUCGCUUGUUUCAUUCCCUCCACCAAGCAUCAAACACUUGACCAUAUCCUAUGUUCCUCAGAAUAAAUAUUUGUUCUCAUCUGUUGUACACAUCUUACUUGCAAGCUGUUGUCCAGCAACUAUUUCUUUAAGUAUCGAUAUGAGCGGCAAAGAAUUCAUUGAGUUUUUCUACGAGACGUUAAUGAGAAGAAAAGAGGGAGAAUGCUUUUGCAGUUUUCAUGAUACUAAGUGUUGGUGGCAUGAUUUGAAGGAUGUGAAAGUCACAAGAAGGUCUAUGAAGAUGGAUGAAAAUGUUGAUUUUAAGACCAUUUUAGAAUCGUUGACGACUUUUGAAAGUAUUAUCUUUAGGCUAGAUUUUUAAUGUUGUUUGUUGGGAUAAAUAGAUAAACAUGCUUAUUUAGAAGUUUGAUAUUAUAUUACCUCUUGUGAAGAGAUGCAUCCUUCUAUGAUUGUUACUGGUAGGCCUAAUCUGCUUCAAAUAUACAUUUUGAGUAAAGAAGUUCUCU